AUGGCCGCCGAAAUCGCGUCGCUGAAGAAGCGCGGCACCUGGAAGCUGGUUCCACGGUCAUCGGCAAAGGGGAGGAAAAUUCUCAGCGGCAAAUGGGUUUUUCGCAUCAAAACUCUCGCCGAUGGCUCGAUCGACAAGUACAAGGCGCGCUGGGUGGUGCGGGGAUUCGAGCAAACUCACCUGGUGGACUUCACCCUCACCUACGCUCCAGUCGGCCGUCACACUUCGGUGCGCAUCCUCAUCUGCAUCGCCGCCGUCAAACAGCGACCGCUCCGGCAAAUCGACGUCGGAAGCGCCUUCCUGUACGCUCCCGUUGAUGCCAUCAUCUUCGUCGAACAACCCCACGCAUUCGAAGAAAGCGACGGCGCCGUGUGCCUCCUCCAAAAGUCUCUCUACGGAAUCAAGCAAGCUCCUCGUCUGUGGCAGCAGUACCUGCAUUCCGUCCUCCUUGAGCUCGGCUUCACUCAACUGCCGCACGAUCUCGGAAUGUACAGGCGGGAGUCACUGGGAAAGUUCAUCCUCCUCGUCGCCUACGUCGACGAUCUCCUCUACACCGGGGACGACGCGGAGCUACUCGACCAAUUCGAGGCCGACAUCAAAACGAAACUUGAAGUCACCGUCAAUCACAACGUCACCCAAUUCCUCGGCCUCAACGUAACCCAGUCCGCCUCCUCCAUUCACCUCUCCGCCGCCAAAUACGCCGAAACACUCGCGAAGCGGUUCGCCAUCGCUCCCAUCAACCUCACUACCCCCUACCGCACUCCUCCUCCUAACCAUGAGCCCAACACCACGCCACUCUCUCCUAACGACCAUCGUCUCUAUCAGCAGCAGCUCGGCUGCCUCCUGUUCGCCGCCGUCACGUGCCGGCCCGAUCUCUCCUACGUCGCUAGCCAGCUCGCACAGUAUCUGAAGCGACCUGAAGGGGAGAAUCUACUGGAUCUACGCCGAGCACUGCAAUACUUCAUCUCCACUCCCGACGUCGGCCUCACCUACGAAGCCAACCUCACCGCUACUCUGCAACUUCAUGGCUACGUGGACGCCGAUCAUGCUGGAGAUGUUGACAACAGACGCUCCCGUACAGGAUUCAUUUUCCAACUCCAACCGGCCGGACUCAUCUCUUGGAACUCCCAGAAGCAGGAACUCAUCGCCCUUUCGUCAGCUGAAGCAGAAUUCAUCGCAGCUAGCGCAGCUGUUCGCGAAGCGCGAUAA